GCUGCGAGACCGACCAGCGUCCCGUUUCGCCUGAGCGUGUCUAUGGGUGGAGCUAGCGACACGCUGGCGUGGUCGUGUCUCGUUUUCUCGUACAUCCGACAUUCCCCGUUUGUACCGAUGCCGUUACAGUGGGGGAAAUCGAACAAGCAACAUCGUGCGACGUCGCAACGUUCUCGAGCCUUCACCAGCCAGUAUUCGUGCCACAGAGCCGCUUUCAACGACGAGGAUACUGGAAAUGGGCGGUGCUUCGUGGAGGUGGCGCCCUUUGUCGUUGGACCGCACCACAGGACGCCAUUGUCUGUUUGGCGGCGCAGCACCGCGCGGCGUGCGCGACGCACGUCGACGCCCGGCGUCGCGACGCCACUCUUGCACGCAACGCCGUCGCGGCCGUCGUCAUACUCCUGCCUCUUUUCUCUCUGCCUUCAGCUAGCCGCCCGAAUUUCUGCGCCGAGAGGUCAUAUUUCGUCGUCAACGCCACACCGUAUCUUCGCUAUAUUGGCAUACGAAUUGUCACAUUUGCAAAUGUCUGGCGGCCGUGUAUCGAGUUUUUCAAUAAACCGCGAGUCUCGUGGCUCACAUUAUAUAUCCGGCAAAAUCGGAUGGCCGGAGGUCGGAAAUGGACAAUCUAUUGUUUACGCGGAUAAUCUUAUUAAUGAAUGAAACGCGGCUCGCUCGCGGCCCGACGCAAUCCGGAUAAGCCGAAAGGCAAUAAAGAGAGAAUUGUAAAUGCUUCGGUUGAAAAUGCUGCCAACAAUACGAGAGCAGGGACUGGCAACGAGCUUUUCCAUUCGCGUUAAUCGUUCAAAUAAUACCCGUGGAAUAUGAAAUUCACCUAGUCGGAAAUGCUGAUACCCGCCGAGAGUCAAGUUUUCAUUCAUGACAGCGAGACCGUGCAAUGGAUCCGCGGAAAAAAUAUUUUCCAACAUCCGCUUUCUACGAGAACCGCCUGCUUUAAAUGGCAGCCUCAUUUUCUAAUUAUUAGGCUAAUCUCACGGCACGUGAAUUCGACAUAACAACGUGGCAAAUCCUACGAGAAAUAUGAUUCAGCGGCUGGAUCGUGGUUCGCUGCAUGUACUUCCGGUGAGGACACCGGAAGUUCUCCGGUGGUGUCACGAGUAGCUGAAUAUAUGGUGGCUUUGCUUGUUGUUUAGUGAGUAUUUUUGCAUGCAUCCAAAAUCAUGUUAUACGAUUACAGAUAUCGGCGAAAAGAGUGCAAAGAAUAAACUACUUUGUACAUUUUUUGUACCUUGAUCGAAUGGAUCGGAUAGCAACAUAUAAGAUAAGAUAAAUUUCUUGAGAAAAUGUAGGGCAUAUUUUAUUUUGAGAGCCUUGACCCACAGUAACUUCGCCCGAAAGAAACAUAGUAUAUAAAUAUUUCGCCUAAUCUCUCAGUGGUUACAUAGCGGGGCCCACUCGGCGACCAAAAAAUGUAUCAGAUUACCGAAAGACGAGUUUCGAGAAGGGAAUCGAUGGUAACUGAGGAGGACAUUUCGAAUGAGAGAGAGAAGAUGAUCAGAUGAUCCGCCUUUCUAUACUGUAAUCUCAAUU